UGGACUUUCUACGAUCAGGUGCACUCAACCAACAGCACUGAGAUGUACAAGGUAGAUGGACCUUUGUUUUGAAUAGCACUCCUCAUUGCACUUGCCCAGACUAAAUGCGGGAGGACGGUGCUCACCAUCUCUACAAAGCGCGCUCCCUUCCUGCACCGUGCACUCACCUGAACAGCACCUGGCCCGCUAUGACGUCAGCCCAGCGCUGAGCGACGGCCGAGGCGGCCAAUGAGCCUUCGAGCGCUCCGCGGGACGGGCCAAUAGGAGCGGAAAGCGGAAGGAGGCCAAGGCGCGACAUGGCGACGCUGUCGGCGCGGUUGCUGGUGCUCCCCAGCCGGAUGGCGCUGGCCGCCAGUGCCGCCGUUUACUGGCUCGCCGUCUACACGAUGAUCACCGUCGCCGGCGUCAUGUUCGUGCUGAGGAUGGCCUGGGUGGUCGUCAGGAAGCGAAGGCGGGCCUUCGAGUGGCGGGUGCGGGAGAGCCCUCCCGCCUGCCUGAACGACGCGUCGCUGGGGACUCAUUGCUUCGUUCGGCUCAAGGAUUCAGGGCUGCGGUUUCACUAUGUUGUAGCUGGGGAGAGGAACAAGCAAUUGAUGUUGCUGCUACAUGGCUUUCCAGAGAUCUGGUAUUCAUGGCGUUACCAGCUGCGGGAGUUUAAAAGUGAAUACCAAGUGGUGGCUGUGGACUUGCGUGGUUAUGGGGAUUCUGAUGCUCCCACUGAUCGAAGUGACUACAAAGUGGAGUGUUUGCUGGCUGAUAUCAGAGGCAUUAUUGAAGCUCUAGGACAUAAUAGCUGCAUUCUCAUUGGACAUGACUGGGGAGGUAUCUUAGCUUGGUGUUUCGCUAUUAACAACCCAGAGAUGGUGGAGAAAUUGAUCAUCCUGAAUGCACCACAUCCAACAUCAUUCCAUCGCUACCUCUGGAAACAGCCUUCCCAGCUUCUGAAAUCCAGCUAUGUGUUCUCCUUCCAAAUACCAAAACUUCCAGAAUUGUUCAUGCAAAUGGAUGAUUUUAAGAGCCUGAGGAAUGUUUAUAUGAGUAAAAAAUUUGGAAUCCAAAACAAAAAUAGUAGAUUGACUGAGGAAGAGUUGGAGGCCUAUGUUUACAGUUUUUCUCGGCCUGGAGCACUGGUGGGCCCCUGCAACUACUACAGGAAUGUUUUCAGCUACUCAUCAAAGUCCCACAAUGUGAUGGCACCCACCCUGGUAAUUUGGGGAGACAAGGAUCUUGCCCUAGAAGUUGGCCUGACUGCCUACAUGGAACAGUACGUACACAAUGUGUUCCAACUGAAGUUCGUGCCAGGGGCCAGCCACUGGGUCCAACAAGACCAACCCGAUGUGGUCAACAAAUUCAUCUGGACAUUCUUGAAAGAAAGCAACAAGUAGAUCUGAAUGCAAGGGAGUGCAUGCCACAUCUUCACUGGGGUGAAAUUAUAGAUUAAUGCUUUUACUACUUCUAAUAACAGAAAAGAAUAGCACAAACGUAUCUGUAAAAAUGUUUUUAUAAUUUUGUAAUUAAAUAUUGUUAAAGACUGAGCUUUAUAAUGGCACAAGGCUCCAGUCCCCAGAUGUAUAACAAGAACUUGGGCUAUUGUGUUAUACCACUGCUACUCUUCAUCUACAGUAUCUUGGGCAAAAGAGGACAACAAAACAAAACUACGACAAACAUUGAAUGUGUACAGCAUCUGGGAGGAAAUGGAUGCAGUCUGAAUACUGAAUAGAAAUGGUAAUCUUUUACUCACUUUUGGUGGGAUGAAAAUUAACGUAAGGUUCAGCAAUGAUUGCUUUGGUGUCAGUAGUGUCUCCAGGGAUUAAAUUAUCAGAAAGUGUGGAACAAUCUCAUCCUGGUUAACUGAUUUCUAAAUAUUACGCAAAACUCUCCUGGGAACGGGUACUGCUCAGACGAGAGCCUUUUGGGGCUGAGAUGGCAGGCAAAGGGGAGGAGGGGAAUGGUUGCUGACCGCAGUGGCUACGCGUGGGCAGUGCUGGGUGACCAGUGACCUGGAAGGGGGAGUGCUUAUGUGGUGUAACCAGUCAAUGGAAGCAAGUGGCAAUGGAUGGAUAGUGCUUGGGGAGGGACAAUAUUGAAUGUCCAAUAUAUUAGAUGGAGUAAGGCUGAGUGACUAGCAUUUUGACCCACUCGUUAAGAUAAAGGAAUUAAUAAAGAAGGUGCUGUGCUCAAUCAGAUAGCUUCUGAAAAUUCACGGUUAGGUAGAGUUUUACAUAUAUAUUUUGCACACUGGGAAGUGUUGGGAACUAAGGCUGAAGUAGGCUUUUAACUGUUCAUUUUUAAUUCAAUCUAAUUAUGGUUUUAUUGUAAUCCUGCAAACAUUUUUUUUUGAAGCAGUGAUUGCAGGAAUCUGUAAGAGUGUAGCAAACUAGAGGAUUUUUUUAAAUCUGUGCUUGCACCAGCAUAUACCUUUAGUUUGAAGCAGUUUACUUAAGAGUGUAGACUCUGUGCCAUAGUUGGGAUAAAAUUUAAUCGCACAUUUACACAACACCUUUCCUGUCCCUGACACAUCCGAUUGUACUAUACUUGAAACUUUAAGUAUAUGCAAAAGUGUAAUUGUACGAAAAGCUGUGCUAGUGCUCACACAGCAAGAUCCCAAAACAACUGUCAUAAGAACAUUAAAAAAUAUAUUGGUUUAUUAUUGUCACAUGUACAGAUACAGUGAAAGCUUAUCUAGCGUUCUGAUCAAAUCAUUACUUAACGCUUUGGGCUUGAGUAAGGUAAAACAAUAACAAUGCAGAAUUAAGUGUAAAAGCGACUGGGAGAAUGCAGGGCAGGUAAGUAGGAAAGCGCAGAAUCGUAACUAGGUAGAUUGUGAGGUCAAGGUGGCAAGACCGAAGCUGUCCACGUUCCUGGUGGUACGUACUCCCAGGCUUUUGCCGAAUGGGAGAGGGGAGAAGAGGGAAUGCCCUGUGUGGGCAGGGUCUUUGAUUAUGCUGGCUGCUUGACUUGAGACAGUGAGAAGUAUAGACAGAUAGAGGGGCGGCUGAUUUCUGUGAUGUGCUGAGCGGUGUCCCCAGCUCUCUGCAGUUUCUUGUAGAGCAGUUGCCGUCAUGCAUGCAAGCAGAGUAGGAAUAAGAGUAUGGUGAUUGUCACACCUGCUUUACAAACCAUUUUCCUGCACUAUCCCCAUAUCUCUUAAUAUCCAAAUAUCUGUUAAUCUGACAACCAAAUGACUUGAGCCUUCAAGGCCUUCUUCGGUAGAGAAUUACCAAGGUUUACCAUCAUCUGCACGAAGAAAUUUCUCCUCACUUCAGUCCUAGUUGGCCUCCCCUCAUCCGGCAACUGUGACUCCUGUUUCUGCAGUCAUCAGCUGGUACUUGUGGAGGGAGAUGGACAGUUGACGAUGGAUGUUGAGGCUCUCCACAGAUGCUGCCUGACCUGCUGAGUUCCUCCAGCAGUUUGUUUUUUCUCCAGAUGCUAGCAUUUGCAGUCUCUUCUGUCUCCCAUUAUCUUCAAGGCCUUCCAUUGUCGUAACAGACACUGUAAGCUCCCACCUUCCCCUCCUAUUAUCAUCGGGCUCACCAGUCGUAAUCAGAUCAUCUGUUUUAGUGAUUUUGAAUUGGUCAGGUCUUUUGGAGUGUUCCCCUGCUUUUCUUUGAGUGAUGCAGCAAGGUGAUUUGAGUUACAUCCAUGAAGCCAGAUAAGGCUUCAGUUUACUGUCUGCUCUGCAAAAAAAUGGCAUUUCUGCCAGUGCAGUCAGUGCUGGAUAUAUCAGCCUAGACUAUGUAUUCAGAUGUCUCUAGUGGACACUGCGAUCUACUGACUACCAAAGAGUGAUAUGUUAAGUGGACAGUGGGGAGGACGUACAGGAGUUAAAAUAGUUUGAUCAUAUUUCCAAACUGAGUGGAAUUACCCUCAAGUGCAUCAAAUAGCACUUCUCUACUUCCGUGCUUUUCUGCAAAAAGUGAUUAGCCAUGAGGUAACAUUUAGAUGUCUAUUUAGAGUCUCU